AUGCCUUCUCUUCAGAAGUUUAUGGUCCUCGCGACCGCCAGCGUCGGCGCUUUCGCCGCCAGCAGCAGUGACUGCACCACGGACAUCACCAUCGACUCUGUUAACCCCACGUUCGACUGUGACACCAUCGAUGCCAAGGUCACUGUCUCCCCAUCUCUGCAGGGCACCCUCCAGAUCGACGGUCCCAAGGUCUUCAAGCAGGAUUUUAUUGUCAGCAAUGCCACCGGGCUCCUCGGCAUCUCCUCCUCCUCUCUCACGUCCAUUGGCGGACAGUUUCUCGUUGAGGAUUGCACCCUGCUCAACUCCAUUACCCUGUCGAAGCUCAACAAGCUUAAUCAGCUCACCUUCCGUCGUCUUGGUCAGCUCAACUCCGUUGAUUUCGCCUCAUCUGGUGUCUCCCAGGCCAGCUCCGUCGACAUUGCCGAUACCUUCCUGAGCGACAUAAGUGGUCUUAACCUCGCCACUGUCGAGAGUCUCACCAUCAACAACAACAGGAGACUGACCAAGUUCGACUCCAACCUUGUCAACAUCACGAAGACGCUUAUCAUCACCAACAACGGUAACGACAUGCAGGUCAACCUCACCCAACUCCAGACUGCGUACGAGAUUCAGGUUUCCAACAUCAAGGGUCUCGGCACCCCCGCUCUUAAAGAGAUCCAGAACGGCAUCAAGUUUGACACCAACCCCAACCUUGUCUCCUAUGAGGCUGGCAACCUUACUAGCGUCGGCACCUCCAAGAGCGGUGGUUCCGUCUCCUUCAUCAACAACGCCAAGCUCAUGAACAUUUCCUUCCCCGUCCUCAAGACCGUCUCUGGUGACCUUACCAUUGUCAACAACACCAAGCUGGACGAGAUUACUGGUUUCCCCAUGCUCCAGAGCGUCGAGAACAUGCUCCUCGGCGGAAACUUCGAGAAUGCUGAGCUCCCCAAGCUCGACGAUGUCAAGGGCACCAUCAACGUCAAGUCUACCUCCAACCUGACUGAUGUGUGCAAGUUCUUCAACGGUCUCAAGGGCAAGGUCGUCCAGGGCAAGGUCAACUGUGCCGGUGGCCUCGACAACAAGACGGCUAACGACCAGAACGGCCUCAACAAGACCGGCAGCAACGGCAACAGCGGCGCUGGCUCCCCUAGCUUCAGCACCGCCGCCAUCUUCCUUGGCCUCAUUGCUGGCGCUGCUCAGCUUUUGUAA